GCUGAAUAAUAAGGGAUGAGUGUCAUUUCCCUUCUGACAGUGAGCAAAGUCGAUCCCAGCUUGCUGUAGCGGGUCUCCUCUCUGGCUUCUUCCGAGCUCCCCAUAGGCCACCAGUCAGGGCCGCCCUUGGGCCCGUGCCAACUGGUACCCAGUGACCUCUGACCCCUGUCGCGAUUCUGGGCUCUGGUGAGGGCCAGUCCCCAGCUAUGGAGCUAGGCAGCUGCUUUAAGACCUACGAGGACUUCAAGGAGUGUUUCAGCGCCUACAAAAAGGAGACCAGGUGCUCCUUCAUUGUCAGGGACUGCGUCUCCGUCCGCUUCCAUAACCUCAACCACGGCACCUCCUUCCGCGAGGAUAUCCUAUAUGUGCAGGUGAAAUUUGUCUGUAUUCGGACGCAGUCGAACAGGAAGAGGACACGGAAGGUGGACCGGUGCCCAGCAUACCUGCUCCUGCAGUACAACGAGAGGCUAGACAGACUGUUUAUCAGUGAACUGAACACCCAGCACAUACAUGCUGAUUCUAACAGUGCUGGAGGAGCCCCUCCUAGCAAACCUCAGGAGACAGUAUGUCUGCCCAAACUCCAGCCAAUGCAGCUCAGCGUCAAGAAAGAACUUGAUACAGCAGAGACACUCCCAGUAGAGCCAUCCUUCUGCCUGGAUAAGAUACACAAGCCCUCAAAUCCAGAGCAGGAGGCCAUCAGUCCUUCUGACCUGGCCAAGAUAGCCAAAGUGAUGAAGGACUUUCUCACAGUAGAUGAGGGCUCAAUGGCCUCUUUCAGUGUGGGUACCAGCCAAGACCUGGACCGGCUCAGCUUCCAGAGCAGCAAGAUGAGUGACUUGUUCACCCGCUUCCCAGAGAAUCUCCUGCUGCACCGGGUGGAAAACAGCCAGGGCCAUAUUCUGUAUGCUUUCUUGGUGGAGAACAAGGAGCGAGAAAGUCGAGUUGUCCACUUUGCUGUGCUCAAGGCUGAGACGGCCCCUUCCGUGGCCAAGAUGCUCAGUAUCUUUACAGAAUUCAACUCUGAUUGGCCCAAGGUCAGGGUGGUCUUUGUGGACCCUUCCUUCCCUCACAGAGCGGUUCUUCAGGAGGCCUUCCCUGCUGCCCGCGUGCUCCUUUCGAUCUACCACACAUCUCGUCUCUUAGAGAAGAAGGUACGUCAGAGUUCGGCAAGUGCAUCUCUCAAAAGGCUCAUGAAGGAAGCUCUGCGAGAGGCCGUGUUUGUCGCUUCUGAUGCAAGCCUUAAAAACCUCUGUCAGAUGUCCCAAGCCCUCCUGGAUGAGGAACUCUGCAGGUUCCUCCAGGCCCAUUGGUUCUCCUGUGAACUGCUGUGGUACAUGCACGUGAGGAAGGGCCUGCAUGCCUGUAACACCUACAUGGACAGCCUGGAUAUAGUCACCAGCAAGGUGUCGAGCCUCUUUCGGGAACAGCGGUCUCUACUGGACUGCAUCCUCCACUUUGUGGAUUACAUAGACUUCUUUAAUACCAAAGGUCUUAAGAGCUUGAACACCAAUUCUCCCAAGUUAAAGAGGACUCGGCUCCCCAGCACGCCACCAUGGCCCAAGAAGCCUUUUAGAAUCUGUGGAGGGAAAGUCACCAGGCUCCCUGUAGAAGAGAGAAAGCCAGACUCAAAGCAGUCUGAAUUGCUGCAGCCCCAGGACCAGGCCUCCAGGGGUGGCAUGCUAGACAUCCUGCACCAGAGUGGCUCCGAGCUGGCCUACAAGCUGUGUCGUAAUGAAUGGCAGGUGGUGCAGAACUCCACCCACCUGGUGGACAUGGCCGGUGACUCUGUAGCUGUCCAGCUGCUAGAGGACUCACACCAGGUGAGCAAAGAUGGCUGUAGCUGCAGCUGUUCCUUUCAACAAUGCUACCACCUGCCGUGUCGGCACAUUUUGGCACUGUUGCACACCAGCCAGCAGCCAGUAGUGGAAGCCAUGGUGUGCUGCCGGUGGCAGAAGAAAUACCAGCACCUCCUUGGCCCCAAUGGGGAGCUGCGAGACCGAGGAAUCAUCCCAAACACGGAUCAGCCUGAAAAGCAAAGUCAGAACCACAUGAUUCGGGACCUAAGCAGGGAGCUAGCCAACCUGCUGAUGCAGACUGAGGGGCCGGAGCUGGAGGAACGCUGUUCCACCCUGCGCAAGAUCGUGGACAUCUGGGCCGACCCCUAUCAGCUUCCUGCGCCCACUCAGCAGCCAGUUGACUUCAGAGAUGUGGGUGGCCUCCCCUUCCUCUGGGGGAAGCUGGAGGAAGGAGACAGCCCCCCUCUUGAUGAAACUAUGGCUGAUGAUUGAAGUGUUUGUACUUGUACCCUGCGUCUCAAAACCUCCUUGGAAGUCUGAGAGUUCAAAGUGGGUGGGUCUUGCUGUAGGUCAGUGUUUUCAUCCAUGUCUUCCUAGGCAAGGGCUAAAAAGAUCUUAACCCUGGGGGGAGAGGAACUCCACUGUGGCCUCCUGUGAGCCUGCCCCCUUUCAGCUCUCUACCUUUGGCAUCCUAUAGACACCUCAGUCAUUGUUGAAAGCCAAAGUAAUUCCACACUGAAAGGUCACACCCCUUUCUCCCCAGCCCCAGGGCUCAGAUUACAUUGACCCUACAGAGAUGAAGGCUUGCCCAGGAUAGGAUAAAACAAAAUGGGCCUGGAAAGCAGCUUUGUUUUCAGAGACAUUGACUGUCAAUGCUCUUUGGAAAAUACCUGUUAUGCAUUUUUAUUCACAUUAAUAAAGUUGUUUUUGUUUUUGUUUCACUUUUGUGUUUUUUGAGACAGGGUCUCAUUUAGCCCAGGCUAGCCUCAAACAUUCUCAUUUC